GCGUAUAGACCGUCCCUCUCUUCUCCUCCCGCAGGCACGCAGGAAGGCUGAAGAGCAGCUGCUAACCAAAGAGUCGAGAAGGGAGGGGUUUCCGGACCGAGCGGGGGGAAAAGAGUGCGGUGGCGCAUGCGCGCGCCCUCAAACGGCGAAGACCGCUCUCCUCAGAGCUGGGCUCCUUCGGGUCCCUCAGUCGGUCGGCGGCGGAGCAGCGGGCGAGCUGGGCUGCGGGCGGCCACGCCAUUUCCGCCUGCUUGGCCACCUCCGGAGCCCGCAGCUGGACGAAAGGCCGGGUUGGGCUGAGGCAGGAGCAGCAGCAGCGGCGCAAGAAGAAAGGGCGACCCGACUUCGGGCUGCGAGGCAGAGAAGGAGGAGGAGGAGGAGGAGAAAAAAGAUCCGCCGUCUCCACCGCCGCCCCCUCAGGCCCGGCCGGACCGGACCGGGACGGCGCGAGCUGAGGAGGAGGAGGAGGAGGAGGAAGAAGAACCGGAGCGCUCCCCCCCCCAUCCGACAGAGCGGCCGCGCCGAGUCCAUGAAUGGAAAUCGGCAGCGCAGGAACCGUUGGGGCUCAGCCCCUACUCAUGGUGCCUCGACGACCUGGCUAUGGCACCAUGGGGAAACCUAUUAAACUGCUGGCCAACUGCUUCCAAGUUGAAAUCCCAAAGAUUGACGUCUACCUCUAUGAGGUGGACAUUAAGCCAGAUAAGUGUCCUAGGAGAGUGAACAGGGAGGUAGUAGAUUCAAUGGUGCAGCAUUUUAAAGUGACAAUAUUUGGUGACCGUAGACCAGUUUACGAUGGUAAAAGAAGCCUUUAUACAGCCAAUCCACUCCCUGUAGCAACAACUGGGGUUGAUUUGGAUGUAACGUUGCCAGGAGAAGGUGGGAAAGACCGUCCCUUCAAGGUGUCCAUAAAAUUCGUUUCCCGGGUAAGCUGGCACCUCUUGCAUGAAGUUCUGACUGGACGAACCUUACCUGAGCCUCUGGAAUUGGACAAGCCAAUCAGCACUAACCCUGUUCAUGCUGUUGAUGUGGUGCUACGACAUUUACCCUCCAUGAAGUAUACACCUGUAGGCCGUUCCUUUUUUUCGGCUCCCGAAGGCUAUGAUCAUCCGUUGGGAGGUGGCAGGGAAGUUUGGUUUGGAUUUCAUCAGUCUGUUCGACCAGCAAUGUGGAAAAUGAUGCUAAAUAUUGAUGUUUCUGCCACUGCCUUCUACAAAGCACAACCUGUAAUUCAGUUCAUGUGUGAAGUUCUUGAUAUCCACAACAUUGAUGAACAGCCACGACCUCUGACUGAUUCUCACCGUGUAAAAUUCACCAAAGAGAUAAAGGGUCUGAAGGUUGAAGUGACUCAUUGUGGAACGAUGAGGCGGAAAUACCGCGUCUGUAAUGUUACACGGAGACCUGCUAGUCAUCAGACAUUUCCAUUGCAGUUAGAAAACGGUCAGACGGUGGAGAGAACAGUAGCACAGUAUUUCAGAGAAAAGUACAACCUACAGCUGAAAUAUCCUCAUCUUCCUUGUCUACAAGUGGGACAGGAGCAGAAACACACCUAUCUGCCUCUUGAAGUUUGUAACAUCGUGGCAGGCCAGCGAUGUAUUAAGAAGCUUACAGACAAUCAAACAUCAACGAUGAUAAAAGCAACAGCCAGAUCUGCACCUGACAGACAAGAAGAAAUCAGCAGAUUGGUGCGAAGUGCAAAUUAUGACGCUGACCCAUUUGUUCAGGAAUUUCAGUUUAAAGUGCGUGACGAGAUGGCUCAUGUGACAGGGAGAGUGCUCCCAGCUCCGAUGUUGCAAUAUGGAGGGCGGAAUCGAACAGUGGCAACACCAAGCCAUGGUGUAUGGGAUAUGCGUGGGAAACAGUUUCAUACAGGUGUGGAAAUCAAGAUGUGGGCCAUUGCUUGCUUUGCAACACAGAGGCAGUGUCGCGAAGAAAUACUAAAGGGUUUUACAGAUCAGCUGCGCAAAAUCUCCAAGGAUGCGGGGAUGCCAAUCCAGGGCCAGCCUUGCUUCUGUAAAUACGCACAAGGUGCUGACAGUGUGGAGCCCAUGUUCCGACAUCUGAAAAACACAUAUUCAGGACUCCAGCUCAUCAUCGUCAUUCUGCCGGGGAAGACACCAGUCUAUGCGGAGGUGAAACGUGUGGGGGACACACUUCUGGGGAUGGCUACACAAUGUGUUCAAGUCAAGAAUGUCAUAAAAACGUCUCCUCAGACCCUCUCAAACUUGUGCCUAAAGAUUAAUGUAAAAUUGGGAGGAAUCAACAACAUCCUUGUACCUCAUCAACGACCUUCUGUGUUUCAACAACCAGUGAUCUUCUUGGGAGCAGAUGUUACUCAUCCACCUGCUGGGGAUGGAAAGAAGCCUUCUAUUGCUGCUGUUGUAGGUAGCAUGGAUGCACAUCCAAGCAGGUACUGUGCUACGGUGAGAGUCCAGAAACCCCGCCAGGAGAUCAUCCAAGACUUGGCCUCCAUGGUUAGAGAACUUCUCAUCCAAUUCUACAAAUCAACCCGGUUCAAACCCACACGAAUCAUCUUCUACCGUGAUGGAGUUUCAGAAGGACAGUUUCGACAGGUGUUGUAUUAUGAGCUGCUGGCAAUUAGAGAGGCUUGUAUCAGCUUGGAAAAAGACUAUCAGCCUGGCAUAACGUACAUUGUGGUUCAGAAGAGGCAUCAUACGAGGCUGUUUUGCGCUGAUAGGACAGAAAGGGUUGGAAGAAGCGGAAACAUCCCUGCUGGAACAACAGUAGAUACGGAUAUCACACAUCCAUACGAAUUUGAUUUUUAUCUCUGUAGCCAUGCAGGAAUACAGGGUACAAGCCGCCCCUCACACUAUCAUGUCUUGUGGGAUGACAAUUGUUUUACUGCAGAUGAACUUCAGCUGCUAACUUACCAGCUCUGCCACACCUAUGUGCGCUGCACACGAUCUGUGUCUAUACCUGCACCAGCUUAUUAUGCUCACCUGGUAGCAUUCAGAGCAAGAUACCACCUUGUGGACAAAGAACACGACAGUGCCGAAGGAAGCCAUGUUUCCGGACAGAGCAACGGAAGAGACCCCCAAGCCCUCGCUAAGGCUGUACAGAUUCACCAAGACACCUUACGCACCAUGUACUUUGCUUAGCUAUAUAUACAAUAGAGGUAGAGAUAGAGAUCUCAAAAAAUGAGAUGGAGCUUAUUGACGGAAGAAAGAAAGAACUGCAGAAUUAAGUCACAUACACUGUAUGUUUCCAGAGCAAUCGGUGAACGGGGGAGGGAGCAUCUCUGCCUUGUUGAAGCUGAUUUCUGUUUUGUUUUGUUUUUGUGGGGGACGGGGAGCAGGCCUUAUCCUUGUCCCGAGGCAAGGAAGAUUGUUUACUUCACCAAGAACAAGCCACUUAUGCAAUAUGAAACCAGCCAACUGCUUUCAGAGGCAGCUUCCUACGGGAAGAGCUGCUGUCAUCAUCUUUUCCUUUCUGCGUUUGGGUCUCUGUGUUUCUUUUCUU